UGGGGAAAUUGUCUUCCAAGGACACAACGGCAGUGUCGAUGGUGGGGGAAGCGGGGAUCGAACCCGGAACCCUCAAAAUUGCUGUGGCACGGCCGCCCCACUCAUUUCUACUUUAAAUACAGGGAUUCAACAUCAAAAUUCGAAUUUCAACUGUGCUUUUCUAUAGUAGCCGCCCUAUGUGCAGACAACGUAAGUCUUUUAUUUUGGAAACUCUCGCCGGAAGCGCUCAAUGUCAUUGACUUACCUUAACGGUGGAAAAAUAGAAAGUUUUUCCACUUCUUCGGAGUUCUGGCGUUUUAACACGUGACGUCUGACCUGAGCGCAUUUUUACAUCAACACUGACUGCUUAUUGUCGUGCCCCGGAGCCGCGACGCCGCUUUAACGGACCACUUUCUGGGCGAGGACUGAAAGAAGCGCGGCGCGGGAUAAGAAAAGUUAACGGAGUGGUGUUAGCUCGCGCGGCUAAAGCUAACUGUCCUUCGGCGUGUGACGUCACCAGAAGCAGGACCUCGCCUAACUGUCCUUGACUGUGACGUCACCAGAAGCAGGACCUCGCCAUGUCCUCCUGAGGACAGAUGGAGGUCCCCGCAAGCAGCUAGUCCAGUCAGGAGUCACCCAGGAUGGCCGCCGACUCCUCGGCGAAGUUUAGCGUCCUCCAUCGGACCUGCAAGCUGGUGGUGCUGCUGUGCUUCCUCCACAUCUCCGUCACCCUGGUCUACUACGUCCGCUCUCUGGACACCACCUCCGCCUUCCUGCACCACCUGCACCAGCACAACACCAGCACCGCCCCCACUACUGGUACUGGUACUGGUACUGGUACUGGUCGCUCCAAGCCGCCCAUGGACGUCCCCAAAGAGGAAGGGGACAAGAAGAAAGGCUUGGACAAAUGUCCUGAAACUUCUCCACUGCUCGUGGGUCCCCUGCGGGUGGAGUUCAGCAGUCCGGUGAGCCUGGAGCUCAUCAAGGAGAACAACGGGCAGCUGGAGCCGGGCGGACGCUACAAACCCAAAGACUGCGAGGCGCUGCAGAAGGUCGCCAUCAUCAUCCCAUUUCGCAAGCGAGAAGAGCACCUGAAGUACUGGCUGCACUACCUGCACCCCAUCCUGCAGCGCCAGCAACUGGACUACGGAGUCUACGUCAUCAAUCAGGACGGAGACGAGAUCUUCAACCGAGCCAAACUGUUGAACGUGGGCUACACGGAGGCUCUGAAGGACUAUGACUACAACUGUUUUGUCUUCAGCGACGUGGACUUGAUCCCAAUGGACGACCGCAACAUUUACAAGUGUUUCAGUCAGCCUCGACACUUGUCUGUGUCCAUGGACAAGUUUGGCUUCAGGUUACCCUACAACCAGUACUUUGGGGGCGUGUCCUCCAUGUCCAAACAACAGUUUCUCACCAUCAACGGCUUCCCCAACAACUACUGGGGGUGGGGGGGUGAGGACGACGACAUCUACAACAGGCUGGCGUCCAAAGGAAUGUCCAUCUCCAGACCCACAGGUGAGGUGGGCAGGUGUCGCAUGAUCCGACACGAUCGAGACAGGAAGAACGAGCCCAACCCUCAGAGGUUUGACCGCAUCACCCACACCAGGGACACCAUGACCAAGGACGGCAUCAAGUCCUUGUCCUACCAGCUGGUGUCCAGACUGACCAUGGAUCUGUUCACCAACAUCACAGUGGACAUCGGCAGACCCUGACCACCUACAUGUGACAUGCUGGACCCGGUCCAACCCUGACCACCUACAUGUGACAUGCUGGACCCGGUCCAACCCUGACCACCUACAUGUGACAUGCUGGACCCGGUCCAACCCUGACCACCUACAUGUGACAUGCUGGACCCGGUCCAACCCUGACCACCUACAUGUGACAUGCUGGACCCGGUCCAACCCUGACCACCUACAUGUGACAUGCUGGACCCGGUCCAACCCUGACCACCUACAUGUGACAUGCUGGACCCGGUCCAACCCUGACCACCUACAUGUGACAUGCUGGACCCGGUCCAACCCUGACCACCUACAUGUGACAUGCUGGACCCGGUCCAACCCUGACCACCUACAUGUGACAUGCUGGACCCGGUCCAACCCUGACCACCUACAUGUGACAUGCUGGACCCGGUCCAACCCUGACCACCUACAUGUGACAUGCUGGACCCGGUCCAACCCUGACCACCAAAUGUGCCUUCGGUCUGACAUGCUGGACCUGCUUUGGUAUUUGUCUGUUACCUUCAAACCUAUCAAUCGCUCUUUUAAUCAAUGAACCGAUCCAUCGAUCAGACAAUUAUUGAUGUCGUCAACGUCCUCUCCUAAUUAGUUUUUUUUCCCCUAAAUCAUUUGAAUCAAUGGUCUUUUGUUGCCAUGACAACUGAUUGCCAUCCUAUAAUGUGAGCCUGGACUUAAAAAUCAGCUUUAAUCACUUUUCAAGACUUCCAUGUAGACAAUCAGAGUCCUGUGACGGAUCAAUCAUUUAUUGAUCAGCUUGAAUCACUUAGUGUGUGUGUGUGUGUUGGUGUGUGUGUGUACAUGUGUGCGUGUACAUGUGUGUGUGUGCGUGUACAUGUGUGUGUGUGUGUACAUGUGUGUGUGUGCGUGUACAUGUGUGUGUGCAUGUACAUGUGUGUGUGUGUGUACAUGUGUGUGUGUGUGUACAUGUGUGUGUGUGUGUGUGUGCGUGUGUGUGUGUGUGUGUGUGUACGUGUGUGUGUGUGUGUACAUGUGUGUGUACGUGUGUGUGUGUGUGUAAUGUAGACAAUCAGCGCUGAAUGUCUUCCAAGUUAGUUUGUGUCGAGCAGUUACCGUCAAUCAUAUUUGCUUUAGCAGUUUCCUCAUCCCACUGAACUUUGAACUCUUCCUGUCAAACAUUCAAAGAUGGAGGAAGUGACAAACGCUUCUCAUGUUUUCACAAUAAAAGCACUUUGUCGCUGUACACUU